AUGGAUCUACAGGAACAUCUUGACCGGUUACGUCGUCAACGGCUAGUAGUCACAUCGCCGAAGAUUGAGCCUGCCGAAAGACUGGUUGAACGGCAACAAGCCCCGCGGCCCCUCCAACCCGUACCAGCGAAUCGACGUCCUCAUUGGCGAUAUAAGACCGCCGAGAACACGCGAAAAAAGGCAAAGGAUCUUACGAGGGACCAACGGCUCGAGGGACCAACGGCUCGAGUUAGAUGCCCGGAUCGUCCCGAGACUUAUACUACUACUACUGAAUGGCUACCUAUUAGUCCUGAUUUGAAUCCUGUUGAGAACGUAUGGGCCAGCGUGAAAAACUGGCUUGAAUUAAAUUACAACGUGAGAAAUUCGGAGUCUCGGGAAUUAAAAGAGGCUCUUCUCAGGGCCUGGGAGGCCGUUCCCGACGAUCGAUUGAUGUCGCUUGCAAUGUCAAUGCCUAAUAGAAUGAUGGAUGCUCGAAAUAAUGGUGGUAGGGAACAAGACUACUGA